AUGGUCGUGCACGUUGUGUCGGAUGCAAGUGGCGACGAAGAUGAUGAAAAUCGCAAGCAACAGUCAUCUGAAAAUAUGGAACUGGAUCUGCAGGACAUUGCACAUUGUGAUCAUUUAUCUGUUGGUCAUUCAUCACCACCGACGUCCUCUGAAGAGUUGUCACAACAAUCUUCAUCAGCUGCAGAUGUUGUUGCUCUAACGUCAAGGAUACCAUCCGGAACACGAUCUGAGUCACCGACGACGUCUGCUUCUGUGACAAAAGUAUGCAGUAGUCCUCUUAUUCACAUAAUCAACAAUGUUCUGUGUGCUGAAUCAAAUGUCAACACGAUCACUUAA